CGUAGUGGCGUUCUGGCGUUCCCGAAUACACGAAUCACGCAGUCGUCGCAGUCGAUUGUUAUUUCUCAAAGGGUACAGCUGGUACAGGCAUAUUGGGAGCGCGAGUGACCAAGGCGAAAGUCGAAGGAACAACAAACUGGGGGGGAAGAAGAAACACAAGAAUAAAGAGAGGAGAAUUAACGUGACGGAGAUUAGAGCGAGGCAUUGUUUUGAUGGGACUGUGGAGGGAUAAACGAGCGAGCUGGGAGCUCGGUUAAACAGUUUGCGAGGAAUAGAAGUUCAGAGGAAAAAAGAACGAGCAAAAGGAGCAUGGAUAGAAAUGGGUAGACGUGCCAACGGUAACGUGACAAACGAGCUGGUGGUCUUGCUGCCGGCGUCGGCCUUCGCAACGGAGGGUAGUACUGCUGGUAGAUUAUUUUCUAACAUGGAGACCCGGAGUUCCCGCAGGACGAGAUUACGCGGUUUCGUUGGUAUUUGCAUUAUAUUAGCGCUUGCAGGCAUCGUUUACGUCGGUUACUUUUGUCCCGAUCACGUGUGUGCUCUCACCAACCGCGAUCUCAAGGAAUCCGCGAGAAUAAGCGAAGGCCUCGCAGCCGGUACAUCCGGGCUUCUGAGCUCUGCCACCGUCCUCGAACUCGUCGACAAGAAUUCACUCUCGAUCAUUCAUCAGUCUACCAAAGUCUCCAAUGUACAAGGAAGUCUCGGAUACGACGACCUCUUUGCGAAUGACACCUUCCAAUUUGACAUUAACGCUCACGAUGUCAUGGUUUUUCUUCACAUACAAAAAACUGGUGGUACACUGUUCGGCAAGCACUUAGUUCGUGAUUUGGAUCUCCAACGACCUUGCUCCUGUCAACGUAGGCGUAAACGUUGUUUCUGUUUUCGACCGAAUCGUAACGAGAAUUGGUUAUUCUCACGAUACUCGACAGGAUGGAAAUGUGGAUUACACGCUGAUUGGACAGAAUUGACUGGAUGCGUUGAUUCUGAGCUCAAUAAAAUUGAAGGAGAAGAACCGAAAAGGCGAUAUUUUUACGUCACCAUUAUAAGAGAUCCUGUAGCCCGAUAUUUGUCCGAAUUCAGGCACGUUCAACGAGGUGCUACAUGGCGAGGAGCCAGACACUGGUGUGGAGGUACUCAGGCCACAAUUCCACAGUGCUAUUCUGGCUCACACUGGAAAGGAGUUACUCUCGAAGAGUUUAUGGACUGCCCGUAUAAUCUCGCAAGCAAUCGUCAAACGAGAAUGUUGGCCGAUCUCACCCUCAUUGGUUGCUACAAUUCUUCCCUGACGAGUUCGGACAGAGAUCAUCUCAUGUUAGCAAGCGCCAAAAACAAUUUACAAUUUCUGCCAUUCUUCAUGCUCACGGAGUACCAAAAAAUUGGGCAAUACACGUUCGAGGAAACAUUCGAUAUGCGUUUUGCGGUCGGUUUCGAACAACACAACGCGACACUGAGUGCAGCAACGAUGGCGACCUUGAGUCCUGAACAAUUGGAGCGAGUACAGCACUUGAACAGGUUGGACUUGGAGCUUUAUGAUUUUGCAAAAAAUCUAAUGUUCCAGAGGUUCCACAGACUGCGAGAUCGGGAUCUUCAAUUUGAGCAACGAUUUGAGCAUCUCGGUGAGUUACCAUCGCGUCAGAGUGCCAUGGAAUUCAAUUGGGAUUCCGUCAUCGAGGAUACGACCGAUGGGAAGUGAUGAGAAAACUUAUUUUACGAGUUUUCACGUAUAUCAAUCCCGUAACGUUGAGGCUCGCUGAUUAUUCUUCGUUUACGUUUUUUUCAUACGAAGAAAGUGGAAAUUACAUUGAAUACCGCGAGCGCGUGUCCACGACACGCCGUUGCCAGAGUCCGCGAACUUCCUCGUUACAAAAAUAGCGCGACGUGUUACGCCUACUCGUUGGAACGCAAUCGAAAGUUCACGACAUGCUAAUUUUUUGUCGUUCCAAAAAAUUCAAUACAAAACAAGCAAAAUAACCAAAGAGACUUUCAACGUCAGAAGAUAUCGUUCGGUUCUCGGUUCUGUCGCAAAACAGCCAUCCAAGCUAUCCAGUAUGAAAGUACUACGUGUAUACUGUUGUACAAUAAUUUUAUAACGCUCGUCGAAACCUUGCAACAUAUUAGCGUGAAACAUAUUCAUUUUUUGUUCAUUUUUCUUCCACUGUAAAAACGUUCUUCUGGUUUUCCGAGCACGUCGAAGGACAAAUUCCAUUCAUUUUUACGAGAUCUAUUUUUUUUUUUAACGAUUGUACGUAAAUGCAAUCGCUUUUCUUUCAGCUAGUCUUUCGUCAAAUGUAACAUGAAAUCGGAGUUUGUUUUUUUCUCACAUUUCGAGGAAGUAAUAAUCAUACACCUUCAUAUACGAAUGUAUAUAGAUUAUGGUCUGAAAAAGUUCUUCCGUAUACACAUACACAGCUUACAUAUCUUCGUUUCUAACGACAGCAGUUAGUGUAAUUUAUACGCGUAAGUUGAGUUUUUUUCGACGUCACAUUAAAUACAAGGGAAGAAAGAAAGAAAAGAUAGAGAGAGAGAGAGAAGGGAGAGAGAGAAAGAAAAGUUAACUACAAUUGAGACGUAAUCGCGUUUCCUAUGUAUCCGCGACACUUUCGAUUGACAGAGGCAGGACCUAGAAAAGAGUUCAAUGGGAUCAUUGGUCAGAAACACGCACAUACGAAAAACGUUUUAUUCAAGAACAAUACGUUACUUGUGAGAGUUUGCGGACUAUUGCCCCUGUCAUAUCCAAUCGAUCUGCACUCAAGAAUGAUGGGAGAGAGCGUUGAAUGAAGAGAGUAAGGGAGGGAUGAAUCUGAGCCUGAACGAAAACUCUAUAACCAAUCGAGAAAGCAAACGAUAACGUAACGAAAAAACUCAUCAUAGUCGGAACGAAAAUAAAGCUCGACAAUAAUUCUCCAUAAAAUAUUGAAGAUUGUGUGAAUAAUGAAAACGACUAUUAUUUUCUACAUGAAAUUUUUCAAUCAUUACUAUUUCGAAUCUUGCAUUGCUUGCAAUGCAAGAGAAUUUCUACUCCUUUUCUUUUCGAAUUCUCAUUUGUAUACUCCUCAUAACAUAAAUCUUUAGAGAAAUAAGAUUUUUGGCUCGUAAAGUAAAAUGUAUCUAAUUUAAAAUCUUCUUCUUUUUAUGGAGAAUUUUUCUCUAGUGAAGCUGAGUUGAAAAUAAGAUGAAUGCGAUAGCAAAAUUCCUUUCUCGUGCGGAUAUAAAUUACAAAAAUUACUGCCCGUCAGAUCGUCAGUCGUCACAUAUCUUUGUUCGUGGGCAGCUAUCUUGAAUGAAAAAAAAGAAAAAUAUACAAAAAAACCAACGUUUUAUAAGACGACCCCUAACUCAUAUCGAUCUCUGUAGUUUUUAAGUGUUAAUAGCGGGGAAACGUGUGUGUUCAAUUGCCAAUUGUCUCGGUGAACGCGAUAAACUUUCGUGUUUAAAAUCACACUCGGAUAUAACAAUCAAUUAUUUUUACGAAAUAUUUAAAAAUUCGCGUUUUUUUAUGACGAGACUGUUGACAUGAUUUCUGUGUUAUUAUCAAACUUGUAUCAUACUUUUUUCUGCUUCCUCUCUCUCCUGCCACGGUCUUUGUCAUUAAAAACACGCAUUUUAGUCGUAUAUAAAUCGUGUUUUAAUACAUAUAUAAAUAUAUCAAUAUAUUAUACACUGAGAGGCAAAGAUGAGUGAAUUUUAAUAGAACCAGCGAUGAUUUUCACUCGUUAUUUAUGGCGAAAUAUUGAAAGUAGUCGGAUUAAAGAAUUCGACACCGUGUGUCUCGAAAAUAAAUAGUAAAUAUCGUAGAGUAGACGUGAAUUUAGCUUAUACGCGACAAGUCCACUGCAGCUAAGUCAAAGCACUGAUGCUGUCGAAUCGAUUACGCAUUCGCACUUUGCUCUAUUUCAUUAUUCUUCAUCGUUUCAUUCGCAAAUUUAUUUCAUCGCGUUCAAUCAUAUUGUAAAUAAUUAUCGAGAGCAAAUAUUUUUCAUGGAUGAUUUUUUUGAAUUAUUUUACAACGUAAUAUUAUUCGAUUUAGUAAUAAAGUUCGAAAUAUAAAAAGAUUCGUAAUUAGCUGGCUCGUGCGCAAAUAAUAUUAGAGAGGAUGAUGUUCAUCUGCCAUACAGAGAUCCUCUCACGAUGAAUGAACGAACGUCAGUAGAGGCAACAAUUUUGAAAGUAUUUGAAGAACAGGUUUCUUGGUUAGUUAUUAAUGUUGCGAUACUUCCUAACUUUGUUUAUCGCAAAUAACGAUGAAACGAAAUAAAUAAAAAAAAGUUGUGAAAUCUCAUAUUGAUUCUUUUUGAGACAUUUUAUUAUGAUCGAAGUAUAUUAUUCGAGGGUGCGUGCAUUUUUCAUAUCAUUCGAUUAAAUUUAUUGGAGAUUCGCUUUAUUCCGAUAAGUCAGAGAUAAAUAACGUUCAAUGCAUAACAGUUAUUAAGCUUAUCGUACUAUGAUAAAAAAAUAACGAAAUAGUCGAUGCGUAUUAUUUUUUUUUCUCCGUCAUAACAGAGAUGCUCAUUAACGUCGUCUCGAGAAAUAUCACGUACGGAAUUGCGAAUGCUGAUUUGUUAAUGUGGCAGUAUUUUCGAUUUGAUAUCGACGUGAAACUGUUUUUUUCUUUAUACGAAAGAAUUUUACAUUUAUUAGCAUCAAACAAUACAAUUUUAAGUGGCACGCCCCUGUCAGUAAUAUUUCUGCAACGUGUACAUACAAAUAUGAAUAUUAAUCACAAUCGGAAGGAAAAUUAUUGGCUAUGAUUAUGAAAUUGGGAGGAAAAAUGAAGUAUUCGUGGUUUUUACCGAUAAAGAAAAUCCAUUAGUGGGAGUUCAGAAUCUGUCGAUCACUGUGCUUGAAGAACUUUUAUUUUGAGUAUUAGCAAUUGUUACUUAGUUCUUCAAAUACUUGAAUGAAAUAAAAGUGAAAAAAAUCGAAUCUUGAAUUAAUUUUUUGGUGUUUUUUCUUGUUGUAUGAAUGGAUACUGUUUCGAGUUGAAGGAUUCCUUAGACCGGAGUCGAAAAACUUCUUAGUAUGCUAUACGAUUAAACGUAAAUACCAAAUUUUUAUCGGAUCAUUGACUUUAAUGAAAGAUAAUAUAACAUAGUAUCCUCACUCGACGAAGUUAACAGUGAUAUAUAGUAAUAUAAAACGUCCUCUGCAGGUGCAUGCUAAAUUUACCGACAAACACAUAUACAAACUCAAGACGAACGCGCAAAAAAAUCAUCGACUGUUUUGCCAUUUUAAUGUUUAUACGUAGAAUAAUUAUUCCAUAUAAUGUUGGAGCGAAUGAAAAUUUAGAAGAGAGCAAUGAAACGUACGAUCACAGUAAAGCUCUCAUAGAUUUAAUAAUCAAUGGUUAAUAUAGUAUUGAACAACAUGAACAUGUCAAGUGCAAUAAGACUCGACACGAUGGGUUACCACAAUAAUUAUCUCAUAUCAUCCAGUCAUGAAACGUAAUGUAUUGUAAUAUAUACCGAAGUUAGAAAAUCUGGAAUUUCACGCACGAUCGAUCAAAAAAUGGUUCUUGUAAUUACAGAAUUGAGACCAAAACUCAGCUGUUAUUGUUAACUUGGAAAAAAAUCGUCUGCCAUUCGAUUGUGAUUUGUGAAAAAUCGAGUUUUUUUUUCCAAACGCGUGGCCUACGGUAUUUUCAUUGUCAGAUGUCAGUUUCGCACGGGUUUUUUUAUUCGUAUAUUAAAAUGAUCCUUACGUCACCUUGUUUUGCGAUAAAACGCAGAUUCCCAAUGCAGUUGAUGUUGAAACAAGAGGAAUUCGAAACAAAAAUUGAAACGACAAUAGAUUUAUUCCCAGCAAUAAUAAGAAAAAGGAAAAAUGGUGAAGUCCUAAAAAUUCUACUGUAUGGAGUAAAUUUUUCAUACACGUGAUCGGAGCUUUCGUAGGUCACUUUGAUAAGACGAUAAUGAAUCAGUGAGUACAUGCAGGAAUAUCCAUUUUUAAAUCCAUGCUUCGAAAUGCUCUGGCACGGAGGAAUGGUUUUAAUUGAUUGAAAAAAAAAUCAAUUAAUUCAUUGAAUCAGGUCGUUCGAUAAGUCAUCAGGCAUGAUAGGUAAAAUAGAAGAAAAAAACUAGAUUUUGUAGGUUUAACAGUGACACGUUCAUAAUGAUAACUUUAAGGACCAAAGAUACACUUCGUUUCAACGAGCACUUGUACAGCUUGCUGCAUGAAAAAAAUGCUUACGUGCAAAGUAUGUUUGUUUCGUUUCACCAAUUAUUUUCCUGCGGCAUCGUCUUUGAACAAAGGGAAUCCUAAGCAUCGUCAAUUUUUUCGAAAGCUUUUCGUCUCUCGCGGCAUGUAGUGAAGUAGUUAAAAAACCAAUUAUUUUUUGACACGUUUGCCAUCGAAAUUAUUCUUCAAAACGUUUGCUAUGAAAAUUCUGACAUUAGUUUAAAACACUCAUUUUCGUCAUCAUCAUCAUCAAUUUUCAUAAAGUGACAUACUUUAUGAGUUCCAAUAAAAAUUUUCUUUUUUUUUUUUAUCAAAACGAGACAAAAAUUGUAAAUUUGUGCGGUUUUUACUUAAGAGAAAUUUGAUAUUUAGUACAGGAAAGAUUCCCCCACGUAACGACAAUUACGACCAAUCGGCUACAGAAAUUUUUCAAAUGUGUUUAACAAAAAUUUAUCUCUCUUUGAAACAAAAUUAUUUAUCUACACUUCCAAUUACGAAAAUCCGAAAAACUCACUUUCUCGUUUUCCUCUGCAAUUCUGGAGCCGAUUGAUCGAGCCGAAGAGAUUUUUCAUCGUACUCAGUUCCAGAAUUAAUCCCGAUAAAAAAAGCGCUUUGAUUUAUCAGGGUGCGAAACGAAUGCUAAGAUUGAAAAUAAAUGAACAAUUCAGCGAUGAGUCUUGACGUUGUAGCGCCCUUUUUUAUACACAGACACGCGUACACACAAAUAUUUUAUAAAAAUACAUCUAUAUAUAAAUAUAUAGAUAUAUUCACAAAUAUAUAUAAAAAUGUUGUUGAUUAUUUGGAUAACUAUUGAUUGUACAGUUGAUUGAAAAACGAGAGAAAAAAAACAUGAUUAAAUAAAUGAAAAGCAAAAGAAACGAAACUAAACGCGAUGCGGACCGGCUGGUAGCCGUGUUUCGAAGCCCAUUAUAUAAAUUAGCUUUAAAUGUCUAAUCGUGGACGAAUUUUUUUUAUUAUGUCGAACGAGUCAUACAGAAAAAAGAUUUCUCAACGAACCAGCCAUGACGCUAGCCUAGUUAAGCGAACGAGAUUGGCCUAAUGCCUCUUCGGUACCUUGCUUAAGCCAGUGUACAUAUUAUACCAUUAGCGCAAUAAGUUAAUCAUUAUAAAUAAAUAAUUGAGAUAUAUUACGGAAGUGAACAGCGAACAAAAUGCAUAUGUCAUGUGUAUGUACAUCACAACAGUGUUGUAUAGACAGUAGUCUGAUAACUAUGGAACACACACACACACACACUCACACACCUAUGUAGCGUAUAUACACACACAUGUAUUUAAGAUUAGAAAUUCAUCGCAUAUAUACAUACAAAUAUAAAUAUAUAUAUAUAUAUAUAUAUAUAUAUAUGUAUAAGAAAAAAUAUGCAGUUAUUGUAAUAUAAAUGGAAACAGAGUUGUACUGAUCCUUCGUAAUAAUGAUUGUGUAAAACUUUUAAUAAAACCUGAGAAUUCUCGAUAA